UCACCGUUCUUUCCCCAUCUCCCACCCCGUUCUACACAACUUGUCACUUUUAAAUAUGUCUUCCGACCUCUGUCCCGUAUAUGCCCCCUUUUUCAGCGCCAUGGGUGUCACCAGCGCCAUCGUUUUCACCUGCAUAGGUGCAAGUUAUGGUACCGCGAAAUCGGGUGUUGGUAUUUCAGCAAUGGCAGUUCUACGACCCGACAUGAUGAUGAAGUGUGUCGUUCCUGUUAUCAUGGCUGGUAUCAUUGCUAUCUACGGUCUUGUCGUGUCGGUUCUCAUUGCAAAUGACCUGAGCGUCCACAUGUCCCUAGCCAAAGGUUUUGUGCAGCUCGGUGCAGGUCUCUCUGUCGGCCUGGCGGGUCUUGCUGCUGGCUUUGCUAUCGGUAUCGUUGGAGACGCUGGAGUAAGGGGAACAGCACAACAGCCCAGGCUCUUCGUCGGCAUGAUCCUUAUCCUCAUUUUUGCCGAAGUUCUGGGUCUUUACGGACUUAUCGUCGCCCUCAUCAUGAACACCAGGUCCCAAAUCAUGACCUGUUAAUGAGCAUGCGCUUGCAAAUAGUGAAGCUAAUGUUAGGAGAAGUGCCCGAGGAACGUCAAGGAGUAUACCGGUGUCCUGUCUCUGUAAGCAGUGCAGAAGAUUCUUGAUCAGUUCCUACCUAGGUGCUCUCGUCGAUAAUUAAUUCACCUUCCUUCUCUUUUGCGUU